CGAGCGGCAUGGCGUGGCCCUGCAUCAGCCGGCUGUGCUGCCUGGCCCGGCGCUGGAACCAGCUGGACCGCUCGGACGUAGCGGUGCCGCUGACUCUGCACGGUUACCCGGACCCGGGGAGCGAGGAGCCAGGCGCGGACUGCAGCGUCUCGCGCGGGAGCCCGUCCGUCGCCGGCGCGCGGGAGCCCAGCCGUGCCGUGCCGCUCACCCAGUACCAGCGCGAUUUCGGUGUGCGAACUGCUCGCGCGGGGUCCCGGGAUGCUGCUCAAGAGCGCGCACCGGGGCCGGGCGGCCGCAGGGGCCAGUCCUCGGCGCCCCCAACCCGGACGGUCUACGUGCUGCCGGUCGGGGACGCGGACGCAACUGUAGUAGCGACCACGUCUUAUAGACAGGAAUUCCAAGCUUGGACUGGAGUGAAGCCCUCAAGAUCCACAAAGGCAAGAGCAGCCAGAGUUGUCACGACUCACAGCUCCGGAUGGGACCCCAGCCCUGGGGCCAGCUUCCAGGUUCCAGAGGUGAGGAAAUUCACACCAAACCCCUCAGCCAUCUUUCAGACAUCAGCCCCUCAGGCGCUCCAUGUGUGACCAGCGGAAACCAAUGGUUGGGGAAGCGGAGCACAGCCAGACCUACCAGGCAGAGGCCUGGCCUGCUGCUUUGCCUACAGGAGCUGCUUGGCUGCUGGCUCUGGGCAUGGUGUGGAGGCGGGCAGAGGGUCUGGGCACUACCGGCUGCACUCAGCCUCCCUAACUGUCCUCCAGCAGUGUCAGGGAGGGAGACGUUCUUAUCUUCCAAAUUGUCAUUUGACAUCCUUCAGUUUUUAAAUCUGGUGAUCAAUCCAGCUGAGACCUGAACUGCUCCAGACUAAGACGUGCACACUAUCAAGUCCUUGGUAGGUUGGUUUCACACUUUGGAUGGUUUUCCCAAGAUGCAUGUUAUAUGUAUAUGUAUAUAUAUAAUUUUUUUUGAUGACUUACGGUAGUGCAGGGCAGUAUCCUCACCUUUUUGCAGCGGGCCAUGUUCUUAUCAUUAAGAAAUUUAGCCCAGCAGUGGUGGCAAAUGCCUUUAAUCCCAUUGGAGGGAGACAAAGGCUGAUCUUGUGAGUCUGAGGCCAGCCUGGUCUACAGAGCAAGUGAUAGGACAGCCAGAGCUACACAGAGAAACCCUGCCACAAAACAAAUGUGGGGGAGGGGUGGGGAUCAACCUUAGGUUGCCAGAAGUAAUACCUUUAAUCCCGGCACUCUAGAGGCAGAGAUAGAAGGAUCUCUGAACUCAAUGCUUUCCUGAUCCACACAGCAACUUCUAGGAGAGCCAGGGCUACACACCCCGUUUCA